UUUCUGUACCUGCCAAGGAAAGUAUGAUGGAAAAUUCGUCAAACUCUGACAUAAUCAGCAUUUGUGUUCAAGAUCCAAGGCUCUUAAAAGAUUACCUCUGGCACACACACGUCGACUAUGAGAUCUGUUUACAUACCAAUAGCAUGUGCUUUCGAAAAAAGUCUUCAUGUGUAAGACGGCGUUACAGUGAGUUUGUUUGGCUGCGACAUUGUCUGGAACAGAAUGCUCUGAUCAUCGAGUUGCCCAAAUUGCCGUCAUGGAACCCCUUCUUCAGUUCGAAUAACCCAGGACAGGUCGCACAGAGGAUGAAGGGCUUUGAGGAGUUUUUAGAAAGUAUUUUUGAAAACCCUUUGUUGCUGUCGGACAGCAGGCUCCAUCUGUUCCUCCAGUCAGACCUCAGCAUCACAAGGAUAGAGAGAUGUGCGAGCGGUAAGACAAGGUACACGGUGGCAGAAGCAAUACAGCGAUGCAACAGCAGCUUCAUCAGCAGUUCGGAGGACAAGGCGGCCUCCUGUGACUCUGACUGUGAAAGCAGCUCUUCUUCAACAGGUUGUCAGAGUGUGGACACUCCAGAGCGAGGGACCCCCGUCCCCUUCUCAGAAUCAUGACAGACACUCCCAGCUGUUCAGCUGUCUUUCAGUGUGUGUCCCCCACGCGUCAACAGCAGCAGUGCUUGAUCUGCUGGUGAUCGUCCAUGGAGCUCUUUCUUUUCUUAACCUUCAAACUACUUAACUAUUCAACUUGGACAUUUGUUUUAUUAUUGUGCUUUAUUUUUUCUCAAAGCAUUGAGCAUCAAAUUCAUUUAAUUGAGUGUGUAUUUAAAAAAAUAAAUCAUGUUUUUAAAAAUGUAUGGUAAACCUGCACACUAUAAUGGUGAUUUCUUAAACAUUUAUAUACAUGUAUAUUUUUAUCUGCACUGAAGCUCUACCUAUGUUGGCAAUGAAUGAGAUUUGAAUUGUGACUAGAAUUUUUAGAAAAAUAUUUGAAUACUUUUUAUUAUGUAUUAAUGGCUGAAUAAAUUGUCUUUUUGAUGAAAAAAG